AUGGAGUCGGAGAUAAACAAGAUGACAAAGAUGCCUUCAAAGAACUUCUCUAUAGAAUCAAUAGUCGGUUUAAACGAGCGACGGUCGCCCGAAAUCGAUAUAGAAAAUACUAUUACGGAUUUUAAUAACGACCAUUCAGAAGAUGAAGACUUGAAGGUUAGAGAUGGGAAAAUGUAUUAUUUCCAACAGAAUCGAGUGCCGAACUUUCCGUUUUUCAUGUCGUACGAUAAACGCGGAAUGGGUACCGGUUAUCCGGAAAAUCAGGGUAACGAGGACAUAAAAAGAGCUAGUCCGGGAAGUGUUCGAAGUGAAGUAGAUAGCGACGGAGCAGACGACAGACCACACGAAUCCCUCAGUCCACAGUCUGAACAAAUCAAUACUUCAAAUUCAGCGCCGGAUCCCAAUAUAAGAAGGUACCGCACCGCUUUCACAAGGGAACAGCUAGCGCGUUUGGAAAAGGAAUUCAUGAAGGAAAACUACGUCUCGAGACCGAGGAGGUGCGAGCUGGCUGCACAGUUACAGUUGCCUGAGUCCACUAUUAAGGUAUGGUUCCAAAACCGUAGAAUGAAAGACAAGAGGCAAAGGAUCGCCGUAGCUUGGCCCUACGCAGCGGUCUACAGUGACCCAGCAUUCGCCGCAUCAAUCCUACAAGCUGCUGCUUCCUCAGUUGGGUUACCCUAUGGCUACCCCUCGCCUGCACUCUUACCCCCGUUCCACAACCCUCAGCUAUUACCCUCCGGAUACCCUUACCCCUAUCCUCCUUACCCUAGAUACCCCUAUAUCCCACCGACUCCUCCAUCACCGGUUAACGCUGACUCAAUACGGCCAACAUACCAAAACUUUAAUAUUAAUGUUGACAAAUAA